AUGGACGACCUCCCAGAUGACGACAGCAAGCUCAAUGACGCAGGGGUCUUCCAGCUACCGCCGCUCAGCACGGUGGCCGGUAGCUUGGAAUAUGGUAUCCCAGCACCAGGAGUGUGCAGCCCACUGCGCGAGCUAUGGCGAGAGCACAUGCAGGCAGACAGCGCCGGCCUGUUUGACAGCGAUCCCGGCCUUGCCUGGGCAUUUUGGGGCUUCUGGAGCCGACGGUAUCUGGAGACGCACCCGGAGGAGAGCUGCCGUGCCCUUGCUGGCUGGGGCCGGUCCAUGAAACAAGGCUUCUUCUGUGUCACAUCUGCGAUUGACGGGCACUGGGCGCGAGUUGUUGGAGAUGAACACGUGUGGGAGCUGCGCGGCUCCGUCUCGCACCUGCAGCGCGCAGACGGCGCGAGCAAGAUUUGGCGCGUAGGCGAAGGCGGCGUCGCCCAGCAGCUGCUUUCGGGAGCGCGGCAAAGCUUUGCUGCCGCCGCCUCUUCCCUGGCGAGCCUGCUGGGAGCCGGCCCUCCGCCCGGCCCCGGUGCCGCAGAAGGCUCUGAGCUGCCAGCAUCACUUUCGGUGGAGCUGCCCCCGCACUGGAAUCUGCAACCUGGGGAGGCUGUCGAGGUGCGCACGCUCGAGGCGGUUGAAAACAGCAACAAGUACGGGUGGACGCCGUGGAAGCGGGGCGUCGCCGGCGACUCCUUUGGCAUCGCGAGCCCCGCUGGCGAGGCGCUGGCGGCGCACGCCGUGCGGAGGCCAAAGGGGCCGGACCUGCUCCGCCUACCUGGCGAGCUGCCAAGGGAUCCGGAGGAUUCCUCCUGCCUGGCUCGACCCAAUGUCGACAUGCAUGGCGACUCCAAGUUUGUGAGCUGGCGAUGUGACAGGCAAGAGCAUGCCUACUACCAAUGGAGGCUCGAUGGGCCUCGGAGUUGCAUCGUAGGGGAUGUGGGCUCCAGUGGCUUGGACCUGCAGGUGGGCACCUUCAACGGACCAAAGCUCGUUGAAGCGGCAGACUUCCCUCACGCCACGCUGGUUCGCCUGGGAGUGGCUGGAAGGGUGCCUCCACCGUGGAAGGGGCGCUGCUGGCACGUCGCGGGCGGCUGGAGGGGCGCCCUGCGGCGGCUCUCGGAGUCCCUUGGGCCCUCGGAGUCGCGGACGGCCACCAGCACUCCGAGAGCAUCCCUUGCCAGUGCCGGUGCCUUGGGAGAUGAGGCCCUUGUUGCCGAAGGCUCGGCUGAUGCCCCAAGUUCAGGGAAGGAGCCGGCCGACGCCGGCAGGCCCGCACCAAAGUCUAAGGAACCUAAGGAGUCGAAGAAGUCCAAGGAAGCUGGAGGCCUGAACUGGGAUGACAUUCCGGAGUAUGACAUCGAUGAGGAGGAUGCCCUUGACAAAGUGGUGAACUUUGCAGCUGGCGUCUACACCCGCGCAGCCCAGGCAGUCGAAACCAUUCAGCCUGACUCUCAGUCAGGGGAGGAAGACAAUGAAAGUGAACACAGCGAAGCAGGUGAGGGCAACCACAGUGAGGUAGGUGGCGAAGGAAGAGCAGAAACUGCAACGCGGAACCACUCCGCUUCGGCUACCAGCCACAUGAACUGGCUCGAUUCGUUGCUCAACAUAGGCCCCGCGGGCUUUCUGGACUCUGGUGGUGUCUUAGCUCAGAGAACUGAUCAGCGCGUGAACCGGCGCAGUUGGAAAAGUACCGGUGCGUUGAUCUUGGAUCCAUCGGCUGGAAUUCUUGGGCUUGCUGCGGGCUUCCGAGCCAAGGGCUUGUUCCUUCACAUGAGGAAUGGACUCCCGAAGUCCACAGCGCCGCCUCAGCUGCAGCAGAUUGCCGCCGAGCUGGCCGUGCAGGGCGAGGUGCUGGAGCCCUCGGCUGCGACGUCAUCCGCUGCACCAGAUUCUGCAUCGUUUCCAGAAGCGCCUGCUGCAUGGACGCCGCCAGCACAAGCCCCGACCGAUGUGCCAGUGGCCCCGGAUUCGGCCUCAGUGAGUCGUUCCACUUCACGGCCCACUCCGGUGGAAUCUGCCCUACUGCCGCUGCCGGGAAAGUGCGUGGCGGAGUUUCUGGAUCCUCCAUGCGACAUGUUCAAGCUGAUCAGGUAUGGCAUGUCCAACUGGCGCGACAAGCAGGUCAGACCAGAGCAGGUCGAUCUUCAGACAUCAUUCACGGAGAAUGACAAGAAAGAAGCUCUGGUUGGGAGCUUUGGAGGGCGGCUUUACUUGGCCUACCGCGAGAGGCGGGAGCGCAUGGCUGACGCCGUUAUCUUUGCAGAAGUGCUGGACUUGCUGGCAGAAAUAUCUGCGCAUGUGGAGCUGGAUGUGGAGUUUGUCAUCCACACCUCUGACAUUCCAGUGGUGGCGAAAAGUGCCGACAAAGUAUGCGGCCAUAGUGAUCGCUUUGUGUUCUCGACCUCCUCUGGGCCACUGUUCUGCGACGUGGCAAUGGGCCCGGGGAUUCGAUCUGCCGGUGUAAUACGCACAGGCAACGACUUGCGAACGUCCGACAUGCCCUACGAGCAGAAGAUCAACCGUGGCUUUUGGCGCGGCUCGCCCUACCCGGCCAGGAGGUGCGGAAGCUGGAAGAAGAGCCCGCGGAUUCUGAUGCCCAAGGCCUCACUCAAGUAUCCAGACGUACUGAACGCAUCCGUCAGCAAAAUUGGGUGCAACUCGCUCGAGCCGGCAGACAUGUGCCGCGAAAUCAAUAAGAUGACGCCGCACCGUGUCCCCUUCUUGGAGCAGUUGAAGUAUCGCUUCUUAUUGACAUCUGCCCCAAUAUGCACCUACACUGGGCGUGUCUAUGCCUUUGUCGCCUCCAAUUCCGUGGUGGCCAUGUUCUCAAACGGUCGGCACGGCGUGAGCCAGGCAAUCUACGCAGCUCUGCAGGACAACGUGCAUGUGAAGCUCGUGCAUGGCAAGGCCUUUGUGGAAGAGCUCAGAAGCAUGCAAGCUUCUUGGAAGGAGCUUGCAGCUUUGCCACCGCGUGCGCAGUCCGUUUUCGACUGGGCAACGAGCAAAGACGUACAGAUCUGCUACAUGUACGAGCUCCUUCGCGCCUACAGGACCAAGUUGGCCUACAAGCCUUCUUCCGAGGGCACCAUCGCGAGGCUGUUGAAAACGAGAACCUCCUCGUGCGGUGACAAGAGCUACAGGCCAGGUGCAGACAGCGUGCGCGCGGACAAGGGUCGCCGCAGCUACUGCAUCGAGUCUUGGCCCGUUCCCGUAAACGCCUCCGCCAUGGGCGAGGCUGCCUUCGCUGAGUGGUGUGCCCAAGUGCGGGCUCGCGCCCCCAAGUUCUAG